AUGGCCGUUGGUUACGCCACGUGGUGCAGCGAGGAGCAGCCCUGGCCUCCGGGAGCCGACUCGGGUCGGGCGUGGAUGGUGGCGGCCGCCUGCUCCUGGUUUUCCUUCUUCACCUGGCUCCCGGUCGUCUGCUCGGCCGUGCUCUACGUGGCCUAUAUGAACCAGAAUCCGGACGUGCCGCGCUGGGAGGCCUCGUGGCCGUUCACCAUCAUGCUCGUCGUCAUCAACGCCGGAGGCGUCGUCUAUGCCGUUGCGUCCGAAUGGCUCACCGAGCGCAGCCUGCUGUUCGUAGCCGCUGCGCUUUGUGCGGGUUCUCUGGCCAUCAGUUCUUUUGUCCAUAACAUUGUGACACUUGUCCUCUUCCUCGGAGUCGUCUAUGGUCUUGGCGUGGCGUCAACUUCUAUCGUUCCUACGAUCCUUCUGCUGCAGCACUUUGGCAAGUACAGGGCCACGGCUUUAGCGCUGAUCAGCGGGUCAGUCGACAUAUCGGGCAUGGUCACGCCUUCGCUAGUCCAGCUACUCGUGGACAGAUACAACUUCUCCGGAUGCCUCCUGAUUAUGGCCGGCCUUUCCCUGAACCUGUUCAUCGCCUGUAUAUUUCUUAGACGGCCCUCGUGGAUCGAAGACAGGGAUGACCUGCAUACUACAAUUACGUCAGAAAGACCAUUAACCUCAGGGAUAAAUGGCACCGGCAUGAUCUUAAAAGCAGACUCACAUACAUCGGCAAAGAUCCCGGCGGAAGAUAUCAACAGGAGAAGGGAGGACGACAGUUCACCAUUAAGAACAACAAAGGCCCCUCACGAACUCAAGGAGGGCAUACUGCGUUCGUGGUUCGGAAGUACGGUGUCCCUAGCGACAGUGCCUUGGGGAUCGGCGACGAGGAGCGUCGAUGGAGUGGCAAAAUUCGGCUCGCAAAGGAUGUUGCAUCGAAAAGGGGACUUUGAGAGUAACGGUUCAAAGCUGGAGCUGGACACUGGAAGCUUAAUUGCCGAACGUUCUAAUCAGCUGAGUGAUGCCGCGGUUGUCAAGAGCAAAACUGAGACCAGACUGGAGGCACCAUCGCAAGGCGACGUGGCAAGGCCCGAUAAAAGAACCACGCCCAAUGAAAUUGAGGAACGUGGGUUCUUAAAGGAUACCACCGAAAGCUCUCUUACAGUGUCCGACAGCGGCAUUAGCAAGACUGGUUUCUUGCAGAAGCUUAGGACGGUGUCUAGCGUGUACACCUGGACUGUGUGCGUGUCCAAGGGCGCUUCGAACUUCUCGUCGUACACGUUCGCUCUCGUAGCCGUCGAUUACGCCCAUGACGUCGGUGUGCUGAGCCAGAAGGCGGCCCUGCUGCCCGCUCUCUUUUCGUCGGGAUGCCUCGUGGCGACUCUAGUGACCGGUCCUGCCGUUGAUCGAAACUUGGUUUCCAGGCAUUCGGCAUUGAUGGUGAGCUUCGUCGUCCAAGCCGGGGCGCUGAUAUCCGUGAGCACGAUAAGAUCCUUUCUGGUCCUGGCCCUUGGCUCCUUCCUGGUGGGUCUGGGUCGCGGAGUGCGCUGCUUCCUGUUCCCGGUGCUGGUCUCGAACCACUGCCGUCUGGACGACAUGCCAGCAGCCCUGUCCAUCAUGAACGCCGUCUGCAGCGUCGUCCUCUUCCUCAGGACGCCGCUCAUCGGCUACGCUCGCGACAACAGCGGGUCCUACGCUACUCUUUUCAUUGGACUGGCGGGCAUCAACGUGAUCCAACUCGUCGUGUGGCUGGUCUACGCCAGAACACUGAGGGCCCGUUCGGGAUGA